GCACUGGUUGUUGCGUCGCGUUUCGCUAAGCGUUUUUUUUUUUAUUCUUGAGCGUCAUGUAAAAAACAUUUCAAGUUUGUUUUUACUUGAAACAUUGCAAGCGCGUCUCCAUACCGUUGAGCUCCAUCGUGGUGUUUCUGAACCCACUAAAAACGCGUCCUGCGUGAAAUCAUACUAAAGACUCUUUCAGUUCCCUUUUGAUGUACGUGCAACUGUAAACCCGCCUCAGAAAACCACGAGUAGCUUCACUUCCACUUCACUGAACAAUCUCUCUGUCUGCCUCUCUCUGUGUGGGGUUGAAGAGCUCCGAAUUUCGCAUAAUCCAGCAUGUCUCUCCCUCAACAGUUGCGCGAUGAAAGUGAUUUUGACCAGCUUCCAGGCAACAUCCCAGUCACUGCAACCAUUGCUGAUAUUGAGGAGAAGAAAGGCUUCAUUGAUUACUUUAGGUUCGUGAUUGAGGUAAAGACCAAAGGCAACAGUAAGUACCUGAUCUACAGAAGGUAUCGACAGUUCUUCGCUCUGCACCAGAGUUUGGAGCUGAAGUACUCAGUUGAAGCCCAGCCAGGAUACUACACCUGCCAACUACCUGUCCUGCCAGGUAAGGUAUUUAUGGGAAACAAAAAGGAGAUUGCAGAAAGCAGAAUCCCAGAGCUAAACAAUUACAUGAAGAGGUUGCUUUGUCUGCCUACCUGGGUACUUUUGGAUGAUCUGAUACGGAUGUUUUUCUACCAGACUGAGACGGACAGCCAACAGGUCCCCCGGGCCCUGCGCCGCCUGCGGCCCCCCACACGCAGAGUAAAAACCGUAAAGCCCAAAACGGACCUUUUCUCCGCACCCAGAGCAGAGGCAGUGUUUGACUUCAGCGGCAGCGGACGCCUGGAGCUCAAUCUGAAGGCUGGAGACGUGAUCUUCCUCCUGCGGAGAGUCAACGCUGACUGGCUGGAGGGCACCGUGAGGGACAAAACCGGAAUCUUUCCUGAGUCGUUUGUGAAGAUUAUUAAACCACUUCCCGAGAGUGACUCUGAUGAAGAGGGCGAAGCUUCCAAGAACGGGAAACGUGCUCAGGGUUCCUACAGCUGCCUGCGCUGCUAUCUACUGCAGCCAGAGGGCAUCGAUACAAGGGACAUUUGCGUUGAGGAAGAUCUCUCAAUUCAACCUUCUUAUGAAGAUCUGCUCUCCAGAAUGAGGGAAAUCUUUCAAGUGGAAGAUAUUGCUUUGAACUACCGGGACCCCAAGGGCGAUCUGAUACGGAUAGUAGACAAUGAAGACGUCGCUCUCAUGGUGCAAGAGAGCAAACAGACAGGGUCAAAGGUCAAACGACCCGUGAAUCAGUAUCCUUGGGAGCUGCUGGUCACACAUGCCAAAGAUCUGACAGUCUACAACACGGAUUAUUAAAGGUGUAGUGUGUAACAUUUAGGAGGAUCUAUUGACAGAAUUGCAAUAUAAUAUACAUAACUAUGUUUUCAGUGGUGUAUAAAAACCUUACAUAAUGAACCGUUAUGUUUUACCUUAGAAUGAGCCAUUUCUAUCUACAUACACCGUGGGUCCCCUUACAUCAAAUUCGCCAUUUUGUGCCACCAUGUUUUUACAGUAACCCUAAAUGGACAAACUGCUCAACAGAUGGAGUUUGCUUGACUCGCUACUCUCUCCUGUCUCAGACGACAAUAUCUUUGUCCUGUGUGGGCCACUGUAGCUUCUCUAUGUGCUUCGAAAGGGAGGGGUGAGCGGUGGCCUGAGCCGUUGGUUGCAAUUCGCAACCUCACCGCUAGAUUCACCUAAAAUUUACACACUGCACCUUAAAGACGAGCGCUCUUUUCUACGACCUCUUCAUGUCUCGUCAUUUCAAAAUCAUUGCACAUUGUUCUUUAUUUUACGUGGUUUUCAAAUUGAAAACAAAUUUUUGGUUAUAGUCCACCCAAAAAUAACAACUCUAGCAUUAUUUACUUAUUCUUGAACAGUGAUGGGGACUUGAGUUAUGUAAUCAGAUUACAUUUUUUCAAAUAACUAGUAAGUAACACAUUACUUUUAAAUUUACAACAAAAUGUCUAGAGUUACUUUUUCAAAUAAGUAAUGCAAGUUACUUUGUUUUACCAUGUAUUAUCUGUCACCUCUCCUGUCCCCAUGUUGAGAGAAAUCGUAAGUGCAAAGACGUUGUGUGCACUGUGUAAACAUGAUGGUUAUUGUAGUUCUAGACUAAAUGUAAACAUGCAUUUGCUCAUCUCACUUGCACAAAAACAGAUUCAGUAUUCAAUAAUUAAAUGUUAAUUAACACAAAUGUACUUUAUGUAUUUAAUCUUACUUUAUUAACAAAUGUCUUUGCUGCUGACCUUCGAUUAUCUAAUUCAGCCAUGCUAAUAAGCAAAAAUGACUUUAGAAAAACAUCACAUUUGUGUUUCUUUUUUUUAUUGCUGAAGUAAGAGUGUUGAACUUUCUUCUCCUGCGUCCUAUUCUUCUGCUAUCCAGGGGUGCGUUUCCAAAAGCGAACUAUGGUCGCAAGUUCCGUCGUUACCAGUAGAGUUCAAUGGGACUUACGACCAUAGUUGCCUUACGAUGCUUUCGGGAAACGCACCCCAGAAUGGCAGCCAGGUUUGCGCAACAAAAAUAGCCCAAUGGCCAAUCAAAAAUAGGGGGGAAAACCACUGACUUGGCAGCAAUGAUGGCAGCACAGCUGAAACGUUUAGUUGAGCUACACCCUACUGUACAGGCGUGAUUUUGCAUUUCCUUUUGCAUUUGCACUUUUUUCGUGAAAGCGCCUUUUUACAUUUGCCAAAAACAGAACUUUUUGUUUUGUGUUGCUAUUACAAGACAAACAAGCAAGCCCAGCCCAGGUGAGAAAAAGUAACACAAAAGUAAGGUAACACAUUUCUUUCCAUAAAAGUAACUAAGUAACGCAAUUAGUUACUUUUUUAAGGUGUAGCACAAUAUUAUAACUCGUUACUUUUAAAAGUAACUUACCCCAACACUGCCCUUGAAUCGUUCUUUUGUGUCAAAAUCAGUUGAUCCAGUUCACAAAAUCGGUCUGAAUGAUUCAUUUAUGAAUCAGACUGAUUCAAUUCUCAAUUUACUGAUUCACUAGCCACGUUUACAUGUACACUUUUUUUGUCAUUCCAAUUAAAAUCAUUCCGAUUGAAAGAUUCGGUGGACUGUAUACAUGAGACGUUAUCUAAUCCGAUAUGGUGUUUACAUGUACCGGCACUUUCAAUCGGAAUGACUUUGUGACAUACGCACAUUAGCUUAUGUCCUGUUUGCCACCUUUAAUUCCUGUCAACAUGGAGCGCCAUUAUUUCUAUGCGCGCUAUUUUUAUGUAAAGUGUUGCUUUUAAUCAAGCAACAGCAUGAAUUUGUAGCAUAUUGCUGCUGGAUGGUAUGAGGAAAAGACGGGCGCAGGAAGCUGACCUGUUUGGUGACUGUGCAUCUCUAAGGAGCAUCUCAAUACUAUCCCUCACUCCUCUGGAACAGAAGCGUGUGGAUGAAGGUCCGUAGUAAUGUUAAACUGAGUUCCUUCAGUGUAUUUAAUAAAUGUUUUGUUUUUAGUUUUACUCCAGUUUAAUUUUAUAUUAAUUUUAAUUAAAUGCACCUAAUGAUAUGAUCAGUUCCUAGCUCACUAGAAGGAAAGAUUACUUGUAAAUAAUAACUACUUAAUCAGCAUAUUGACCAUUUUUAUGGUGCAUUUGUGUCUUUUUGAAGUUUAAAAGUUGAAGUUUCUGUUUAUUGUUUUAUGGAAAAGCACAACCAGCAGAAAGUGGAUACGAGGGUGAAUAAAUAAUACCAAAAUUUUCUGGGUCUAAUUCUUCAACACAACCAGUAUUUCACAGUGGAAUCUAUUGCUGAAUAUCUUUUGUAAAUUUUCAGUGCUAAUAAAUACAGAUUUUCUUCUGCGUUAUAAGCAGUAAA